AUGGCAGACAACCAAGAUUCCGAGACUGGUUCUACUGACAAUCAAGAGAUAGUCUCUAUCACUUUCACUUACCAUGGCACUCCUCAUACAUACACCUUUCCUUCCGAUGCCACGAUCCUCGACCUCUCUGACGAAAUCGUCGAUAGACUCUCCAUCCCCUCUUCCAACCAAAAGCUCAUGAUCUCCAAACUCGGUCUCCUCAAACCGCCGUUCAAAGAUCCAAACCUCCUGCUCUCUACCAUCGCCGACAAGAAGAUAAAUCUCCUAGGCAGCACCGCCGCAGAAGCAUCCUCCAUCUCCAUCGCACAAGAAGAAGCUUCGCGGCGAGUAAAUAGACGGAAUGCCCGCCCAGCCCAGAAAGUCAAAGCCUACAAAACCCACGACUGGAAGAAAGAGCAGGAGGAGAACCAAUACACAUUUACGACUCUCCGUCCACUCCCGUACCUCCCAAAUCCAGAUAAAUCACUCAAGUUUCUACAACGGCUGAAAGAUGACAUCGGGAUCAAAGCCGCGAUGCGGAAACAUAAAUUCACCGUUCCGCUGCUCACGGAAAUGAAUCCCAUCGAACACACACAGUCGAAUCACGAAGGCACGACGCGGAUUCUUGGGCUGAAUAGGAAUGCUGGCGAAGUUAUUGAAUUAAGGUUGCGGACUGAUGCGUAUGAUGGGUACAGGGACUACAAGACAAUCCGUAAGACGCUGUGUCAUGAACUCGCACACAAUGUGCAUGGACCUCAUGACCGCAAUUUCUGGGAGUUGUGUAAACAAAUUGAGAGAGAGGUGGAGAAGGCGGAUUAUACGAAGAGUGGGUUUGUGGUUGGGGAGCCGGAUGCGUAUGCGCCUGGUGGGGAUGGGGAGGAGGAUGAAGUUGAUGAUCAUGGGGGUUGGACUGGGGGAGAGUUUGUGCUUGGUGUGGGGAAGGGUGGUGGUGCCGAGAGUGUUGGCGCUGGGAGUGGGAGUGGAAAUGGAGGUGCGGGAGGGAUGAGUAGGAGGGAAAUAUUGGCGAAGGCAGCGGAGGAGAGGAUGAAGAGGUUGAGGGAGCAGCAGGAUGGUCAGUGA